GUCCUUGGAAUGGAACAUCCAGCUUAUUCCUACAGAGCAGAACAAAAUUAAUUAUAACAUGACAUGACAUCUUUAGAAAGAGACUUGAAACGGAUUUCUUCCUAGCUUACUCCUAGCUUUCUUAUCCUACCCUUCAUCAUCCAUGUUCAUAUACUUCAGCGGACAAAUGUUAAGCAUUUUUUCUUCGAAAUUUCCAUUAAAUUUUCAGAAGAAAAUGAUGUGGCUUUGGCCUUUUUAUCUACUUGCCUUAUGUCACAAGAACAUAGUAACACAGUAAAAAACCAACAUAGUAUAAGUUUAUUGUCACAAGAGCAAUGCUGCUGUUUAGAAAGUGUUCAACACUGACUUGCUUCACCUGCUGCAACUCUGCAACUAAUUUACUACUCUAGCUUCCAAAAUGAAAAAGCAGACUUUGCAGGAUUCAAUGACUUUUUCAGGCAGACCAACACAAUUUGAAGCAGAAUGUUGGUUUGAUGAUGCAUGCAUUCUUGACAUGGAUUAUUUUGUUAAGACUGUUGCAGAUAUAAAGUCCAAAGGAGUGAGGCCUGAGUUAAUUGGCUCAAUCAUAACCCACUAUUCUUCCAAAUGGCUUCCUGAUUUAUCAGCCUCAGAUGAUGAAUUGGGGAAAGGCCUAACUGCAAUUGAAGAGUCCCCUGAAAGUGUGACAGCUUCUUGGAUGAAGAAGCGGUUUUUCGUGGAAACCCUUGUCGGGGUUCUGCCUCCGGAGAAGGAUUCCGUGCCCUGCAACUUCCUUCUUAGGCUGCUCCGCACUGCUUGCAUGGUUAAUGUUGAGCCUACUUACAGAGCAGAGCUGGAAAAGAGAAUUUCUUGGCAACUUGACCAAGCCUCAUUGAAAGAGUUGAUGAUACCAUCAUUUAGUCACACCUGUGGUACAUUACUCGAUGUUGAGCUUGUUCUUAGAUUAGUGAACAGGUUCCUGAAUUUGGAUGAAACUUUCAGAAGUGGAGCUGCAAUGAUGAAAGUGGCCAAACUUGUGGAUUCUUACCUAGCUGAAGCUGCUGUAGAUUCCAACUUGGAGCUUUCUGAGUUCAUUGCUCUUGCUGGAGCUAUCCCUGCUCAUGCUCGCUCCACAGAUGAUGGCUUAUACAGAGCCAUUGAUACCUACCUGAAGGCACAUCCGGGAGUGUCAAAGCCAGACAGGAAGAGCUUAUGCAGGCUAAUAGACAGCCGGAAACUCUCACCGGAGGCCUCAUUCCAUGCGGCUUCGAACGACCGGUUACCGGUAAGAGCAGUAAUCCAAGUACUAUUCUCAGAGCAAGCAAAGAUCAACAAACAAAUUGACUGGAGUGGAUCAUUCAGCGGGAUGCGCAGCCCGAGCACGGGCAUUGCCGGCGGGGGACUAGAACCGCCGGCCCGGUGUCUUUCGAAGAGGGAAAUGAAUGCUCAGCAGCUGGAAAUAAAGAAGCUGAAAGAAGAUGUUUUGAGGCUACAGAGCCAAUGCAUGAACAUGCAGGGACAGAUUGAGAGACUGUUGGAGAAAAAGAGAGGGAUUUUCAGCUGGAAGAAGAUUGGAUUGCCAUCGUUUAAGAACAAUAAUACUAACAAAUUUGUAGAUGGUGAAGGAGAAGUUGAAUUUAGCGGGUUUGUGAGACGCACCCCUGCUGUAGAUAUGAAGAACAGGGUUGUGAAAGGCAAAACUCCAUUGAGAUGGAGGAAAUCACUGUCUUGAAGAAAACUGUAAACUCUGAAAACCUUCAUUCAUUUGUUAAACUGUAUGGCUCCUCUUAAUUGUAGACUUUGGAACUAAUUUAGUGUUUCCAUCUUUGUACUUAAAAUAAUUUCACUUAGUUGAUUGAACAUUUGUCUAAUAAUAGCAAGA